GUGGCUCAUGUAGGAAUCUGGAAAGGACUGAAAACCUCAGCAUUUCCUCUCGCUUUCUUUCUCAGUCCCCAGCUCUCAGACAAUUGUCGCUCUCUUCAUCAAAUCUGAUACUGGAUUCAAAGCCCAUUGAGCCUCCAACUCAGACCAAUCAGUUUACACCAGACCUGUCGAAAAAUGACAGCAGCCGUCCUGGUGAUGCAUUGGAGAGCAGCCAGCUCCUGGAGAGUGUAAAUUCAAAUCGGGCUAUUUAUGUCCAGAAAAAACGCAGAGCAGCUUUAGAGGCUGGCAGAAUUGGUAUGGCUCCUGGACGGGUUAUUGCCUCCUUUCCAGAAGGCCCUGUGAAUGCAGUGAUGAGAAAGGCGCAGUCAGUUCAUGACCUCGUGCAUGAGGAUAAGGGUCCUGGAGUGAUAUCCUCUGCCAAGCAGCGUCCUCAGACUCUUUUGGUGGUUGAGAAGGAUCCCAGACCUAACAAUUGCAGGGUGUUAUCAGCCAGUAUGUUGAAGAUGGAUGGAUCUGGUGCUCUGCUGGCCAAAGAGGUCAGGGCUGCAAAACCAAAGUCCUACAUGAACCCUACAACCAGCUUCCGGGCUAAGAUGUCAAGGAGUGUAUCUGUAGGGGAAAAUCUGUACCUUGGCUACUCCACUGAAAUGUUGACUGAUGGGAGGACUAGCCCUCCAGUGACAGAGAAGACUCAACUUAGUUCCACAGCAGAUGCUGACAAGAUUAAGCUACCUGUGAAAGAGAAUGUUCCAGUGAAACCCAUGCUUCAGCCAGUUGUAAACUGCACAUCUCCCAAGUCCUUCCACAGCAAGUUGGCAUCAUCAAACCGAGCACAUCUGAUUCUUGACAUUCCCAAACCAUUGCCUGAUAGACCUACACUGGCCUCCUUCUCACCCACUACCAAAACAAAAACCCUGCUUGAGCCACAGUCUCCACAGUCACCUGCUGGGACCUCUAAAAAGAAACCCUCUUUUCCUGAGGUCCGAGCCUCCAAGAGGGAGAAUCAAACUGCUGGGUCUCUGGCUCCUGGUAGAGAGAUCCCAACGGGGCUUGCUAAGGAGAGCCCAGUGGAGAGUCUAGUCUCAAGGACAGAUUUGCAGGAUGAGCCAGGGGUCACUAAUCUAAAACUGAGGGAGUUGUCAGAGGGCCGGCACCUAAGAUCUCCUGAGGGCACACUGCCCAGGUGCAGGGAGAGGAUCACCGGCAUUGCCUGUGUGCUAGACAACCAACCUGGACUUUGCCCACUAGACCCCAUCAGGCCGAGGUCUCCUACAUCUAUAACUGCCUUGGCACAGGUCUCAGGUGUGCAUGGAUACCCACCUCUUAUCUUCCCCCUUCUGUUUCCUGUCUUUGUGAACCGCCUCACGAUCCCAUCACAUUUCUUUACGUCCAGCUUCUGGCCUGUCUCGUCCUGUCUGCACCUGUCUCGUUCCAUAAGCCAUCCCGUCAAUGAACCGUGCGUCAGCAUAGAGCAGUGUGAGCACGUGGUAUCCGAGCUCCAGGACAGCAUGCGCAAAGCCAUUCAGCUUUACCGCAUGGUAUUAAAUGAUAGAGAGUCUUCUACUGACAAAGACAAAAUAGCAGGCCUCCUGACAGAAACAUUCUCCUCAAUGAAGAAAGAACUGGACUCUCUGAAGGAUGAGGAAGAGCUUCCAAAUGUUAAGGAGGUACUGGCGAAGCCACAGGAUACCACUAGCUCACUGAAUGAGGGAUGUGGUGCCAAUCUACCGAGUCCUAUGAGUUUGGGAGAUGAGCAGACAUUGGCUUUGCUGGAACAGUACUCAGAGCUAUUGCUACAAGCUGUGGAACGACGCAUGGACAAAAAGCUCUAA